AUGGCAAAGGGGGGCUCUGUGAUCCCAACGUCGAGCAAGUUCAUGGGCGAUAUGCUGUACUUCUUCUGGUUCUUCGAAUCGAGGAACGAUCCAGCAACUGAUCCGAUCUUCCUAUGGGUUGAUGGUGGCCCAGGCGGGAGCGGAACUGCUUCAGGGGUCGGAUACAACGGUCCUUGCAUGGUAAACAAAGAAGGAACAGCGGCAUCCAUCAACCCGAACUCGUGGACUAACAAAGCAAAUGGCAUCUGGUUGGAUCAACCCACCGGGGUGGGAUACAGCAAAGGAGGGCCACCUGAGAAAGCCGUAGGAGAGACUGUGAUGAACAUAUACAGAUUCUUAGGGCAGUUUUUCAGUCGAUUCCCCAAGUACAAAGGCCCUUUCUAUCUGGUCGGGAUCUCAUUUGCGGGCGUUCUGCUCCCACAGAUCGCACAUGCUUUGAAACAAGGUAGCGAACCCCCAAUAAACCUCAAGGGCAUCAUUUUCCAGAACGCAAUGAUAAAUGCCGAAGCUCAGUGGCCCUUGUAUCCCGAGAUGGCCUUCAAGAGCGAAACUGCGGCGCCUGCCAUCACAAAGCAGCAGUACGAUCAAAUGAAACAAGGGAUGCCCGGGUGCCUGCAAAAGAUACAGAACUGCAAUAGGGAGCCGAACGUCUGCAGGGCAGCCCGUGAGCAGUGUGAAGAACUAUCUCUAACUGCGCUGGUCGACAAUGGAGUGGACUUCUAUAAACUUACGACCAAAUGUGCCCAUCCAGACCGGCAUGGAUGCAACAACGAGGGAGACCCCCCAAAUGUUGAUUCAUUCAUGCAGCUACCGGAAGUCAAAACCUUCCUCGGAGUGAGCGAACAAUUCAUCAUCGAUAAUGAUGAGGUUUAUAAUCAGCUUAUUCCCUUCAUUCUGGUCACUUCGGACUUCUUUCUCCCGGGCCUACUGCAGUCUGGCGUUCGUGUGUUGACCGUUGUCGGUGACUUAGACUAUAUCUGUAACUUCAUGGGUCUGAAAACGUGGAUGCUCGACUUGGAUUGGCCCGGUAAAGAUGCCUUCCGGAGCGCCAAGGAUGUGGAGUUCAAGGAUAGUACCGGUCGGGUUGUUGGGUUGCGACGAAGCAGCAGUAAUCACGAAUACGAGUUUGUACAAGUUUACGGGGCGGGCCACCUCGCUGCGCGCGAUAAUCCCCGUGGAGUCAUGGAAGCCAUCAAUGACUUCAUGAAUGGCUCAUAA